AUGUGCACGAUCUGCGAGAUUUGCGAUUGUUGGCGAGUGGACACGGACGGGAGAGGGAGCGAACGGUUUUCUUUCUUCGAGGUCGAGGGGUUUCGGGAGAGAUUUUCGUUUGCUUGUGUCCGAGUCGGAUGGGUUGAGGCGCAUGCAGGUGAUUUUUCCUUCCUCCGCUCCGCAAAGUAUGCAAAUAGGAAUUCGGAAGCGGGUUCCGACUCAUCGAGUGGCUUUACAGGCAGACAAAAACACGGAACGCCUUUCAUCUUCCUUAAAUUACCGAGUCGGUCAUCUUCUGCAAUCAGCUUAUCGAAGUAUGCAUGCCACCGACGUAUGCGAUUAGGACGUCGGAUCCCGACCUUUAUCGGCGGUGUUAUGUACAUUUUUGCGUAUACAUACGACGCAUCAUUUGGUUUCAUGACAGUGCAUGCUAAAUGCCAUGUUGUGCCGCCUGUGGGAUUACCGGUAGCACCGGGGAAUGUCACAUCAAAACAGAGUGAAAAAUCUAAAUGCAUCUUAAAACCGUUUUUACCGACCGCGCCCGGCAGUCGAGCUCGGUCUCGGAGAAGACGGAGUAUUUUCUUUGAGUUUGUCGAAUUUGAGUUGAGAGCACAGCCGUCCACCAGGUAUGAAUCCCGAGAUUCUCUUUCUUUCGGUAUUUUUUAA